AUGAAAGAAGGUUCUUGGUUGUUGGGUGGUGGAUGGAAUAAUGAUCUUUGGGGAGGAGAAUUGCCAUCAGCCUCUUCGAUUGAUGAUAUUACACCUCAUCAUCCUCUUUCAAGAAUGGAUGGCCACAUGGGAUUGGCUAACUCUUUAGCUCUAAAAUUAGUUGGAGUUACAAGUAACAUGCAAGAUCCAGUUGGUGUAACUAUUAGCAGAAAUGCAAAUGGAGAACCUUCAGGCCUUAUGAUUGAUUCUGCAAUGAAAGUUGUUCUUUCAUGCAUUCCGGAAGUUUCUGUUGAAGAAAGAAGGCAAGCAUUGGAUAGAGCUAGUAGAUGUUUACAAAUGGGCUUAUUUAUCAGUAAUAAUGAUGAUCAGGGUUUGCCUUUUUCUUUCCAACGCCAACAUGGUCACGAUAUAAUACAAAAAACAGGACGUAGGCUGAGCCAGUGGAUAUUCUUAGGUGGUGUUAAAGCCUUUUCUGAUGGAUCCUUAGGAUCUAACAGUGCAAUUUUUCACAAGCCAUAUGCUGAUGAGCCUUGGAAUAUUGGCCUCCAAGUUACAUAUAUGGAAAGCUUAUCUAAUAUGACUGUUCAAUCCGACAAAUAUGGCCUCAAGGUUGCUAUUCAUGCUAUUGGAGAUAAGGCCAAUGACUUGAUCUUGGAUAUGUAUAAAUCAGUUGUUUCAACAAAUGGGAACAGGGAUCAGAGAUUUAGGAUUGAACAUGCUCAACAUUUGAGUCAUGGAAGUGCAGCCAAGUUUGGUGAACAAGGGAUUGUUGCUUCAGUGCAAGUAAUUUAA